CGUUGAAUAUCUCGUUCAGAAUAUGUUCCAUUACAAAGAUGAUCAGAAUUAUCAUGAUAAUAUUGAUAAGGUAGUGUAUUGGCAUGUCAUGUCCGAUGCACUUGUGGGAUUCCUACUAUUUUUAAGCUGGAUCAAAUUUAUUCGAUUCUUUUUCUUUAUUCGAUUUGUGUAUCCAGUGAUAUCGCUUCUUCAAAAGUUUUUAGGUCUUCUAUUACAUUAUGCACCUUUAUGGAUAAUAAUUUGGAGUGGCUAUGCGCAUCUUGGAUACUUCUGGUUUGGAAACACUAUCUAUUUAUUUCGAAAUUUUUGGUGGUCAUUUGUAACUUUGUGUGGUGUGGCUAUCGGAUUGGAUGAUUUUGUCGAAAUUGAAGAGGAAUUCUUUGCUGCAUUUAUGGCAUUAUUUUGGAUUGGUGCUUACUAUAUACUCUUGCAAUUAGCUUUAACAAUGUUUCUUGCAUUAUGGAUGACCCCACCAAAGUAUAAAAAACGUUUGGGUAAUGAAAUAACUACAUUAGAUUAUUUACGAAGAGGAUUCCAAAAUUUUAUGUCAUGCUGUCGACCACGUAAACCGUAUGCAUCAGAUCAAGUUUAUCGUCAUGGUCGUAUUAAAUUUGGUGAUUUUAGAUCAUUCUUACGUGAACACAAUUUUACAAAACCAGAAAUCAAUGCAUUUAUGCGAAAGUUUCAUUUGAAUAAUUUGGGACCAUUGACCCAUUGUACGGAUUGGACGGAAGUGAUCCAAUUUUUAGAAACAACAUCAUUUGAACCACAUAUACCACAAGAUUUCUUAACAUAUAUUGAAAAAGAAAUUCAUAAGAAAAUGGAUGAAAUGGCUAAAGAAAGCAAAUUACGUCGAAUUUGUACAACUUUUCCUGUCAAGCAAGGCAUAAGGAACAAAAUGUACGAAAUUGAAAGAGAUGUCUCGGUAAUGGAAGCAAAAUUAUUGCAAAGUAUCAAAAUAUUAAAGUUAUUUAAGGAAUUGGGUAUCCUCCAGAAAGUUCCCAGAGAACCUUCGCUAGAAGAAGAAGAAAUAAGUAAAGAAGAUGAUAGAAAAGAAGGCGAAAGUAAAGAAGAUGCAAGUAUAGUCGACGAAAGUAAAGAAGAUGAACGUAAAGAAGACGAAAGUAAUGAAGAUACGUACUAGUAAAGUUUCUU